AUGCCGUCGCAAACCGAGAAUGAAGGCCAGACAGGCAUGCCGAGCGCGACUUACGGCUUCAUCGGUAUUGGAAGGAUGGGGUUUCCCAUGGCCCUCAAUCUGCGAGCAAAGAUGCCAGCCGCAUCGACGUUGAUUGUGUGUGAUGUCUACAAGCCGCGUGUUGAAGACUUCCUCGUGCAGUCUCGCUCGCUUGGCCCAGUGGAGGUUGCUUCGUCGCCCAAGGAAGUGGCUGAACGCUGUGAUAUCAUCAUCACUUCAUUGUCGCCUGGGAAGCCGAUGGAGCAAGUCUUUACCGAUCCAUCGGGGAGCAUCCUCGCUGCCAAAGUCAGUGAUCGCUCCAAGCUUGUCAUCGACACUUCGACGCUCGACGUCCAGACUUGGUUGAAGAUCGCCGAACAGGUCGUGGGGUCCGGCUUUGGGGAUUUCAUUGACUGUCCCGUUUCCGGGGGCAUGGAAUUCGCCAAGAAAGGUGAAUUGAGCUCCAUGAUCGGGGGCUCGAAGGAGCUUUUUGAUCGAAUCCGACCCAUCGUUCUGUCGUUCUCGGGUAAUGAUCGUAUUUAUCACUGCGGACCUCCCGGAUCUGGGCUCGCCGCUAAGAUCAUCAACAACUACAUUGCAACCAUCAGCUACGUGGCUUUAUGUGAAGGAAUGAAUACUGGCGUCCGAUACGGGCUUGAUCCAAAGGUCCUGACAGAUGUCAUCAAUGCUGGCAGUGGCAUGUGCUGGAACUCGUUGCACAUGUGUCCAAUCAAGGGAGUGCAACCCACGUCCUCGGCCAGUCGAGAUUUCAAAGGCGGCCCUGACGGCGGGCCCGGGUUUGACUUGGCCAGCGAGAGCACCGACAUGACGGUUGAUCUGAUGUCGCAAGUCAAAGCGAAGUCAGUCAUGGCGGACGUCAUGAAAGAUAUCUGGAAGCGAGCCGCCAGUAAUCCGCACUGCCAAGGCAAGGAAUACAGAAGUCUAUACAGGCUCUUCUCCGAGGAUGAUGGAGCCGCAUUGGAGAACGGGGGGCCAUAA